GCAACAUUAACUGAGGUGAGGAACGCUUGGAGCCGCUAACAACAAAAACAAAUCUAAACGCGGGUCUAAAGUGCCUGAGAUCAUCCACAGCGUCGGCCAAGAGGAAAUGUGACCGAUAGGAAACAGUGAAAUGGAGGCCCUCAGUGCUCAGAGGGCUUUUCUGGUGAACUGCUCUGAGUCCUUGAUAUUGGACCAUGGGUGCAGCACAUUACCUGAAGAAAAAGCCAUGGACCUACAGGACGUUCUGUUGGUCAAUCUGAGCAGCCUGCUGUUAAAGAGCCUGGACCAACUCGGACGCUGCAAAGCGCUGAAAAUUUGCAUCCUGGCUGACAACUUCCUGACCCGGAUAGAUCCUCUUGUAGAGUGUGUGCGCUUGGUAAAGCUGGAUCUCAAAGGGAAUCAGAUAACCCAUCUUCCCAGUGCUUCAUUCUGGAGUAAUCUGAAAAAUUUACAACUGCUCAAUCUACACGACAACAACCUGGCAGAGAGGAGAAAUAUUACUGCUCUGUCCAGCUGUCCGAAACUAACAGCCUUGACCCUCUACGACACGCCGCUCAGUCUGAAGCAGAACUACAGACACUGCGUUGUCAACAGCAUCUGGUCCCUGAAGGCGCUGGAUAACCGCGUCAUCUCAGACGAGGAGAUCGUCGAAAAGUGGCACCUUCCUUCUAAAUUUAAGGCAGUGGCUCCUCAUUUCUGUGUAAAUCUGUAUCCAUCCUCAAAGACGGAUUCAUACAAGACUGAAAUGAAAGCGGUACAGGGCUUGACUGCAGUAAUAAAUCAGAUCCAGGCUAAUUAUUGCCCGAUUCUGAUUAUCCAGAAAUGGAUUAGAGGACAUCUGACCCGGAGAAGCCUGGGAUUAUGUCGAACUCUGCGGCCUCUGAGAGUGAUACAGAGGCAAGUAACUCCAGCCAGUACACAGUUAACCCCUCGCUCUCCGGAAACCACCAGAAGUACCUGGAUUAAGGAGUGCAAGACAGAACAACUCAGCCUGAAUCUGGAGGAGAGAGAAACCACAGUCAAAAGGCUGUAUGAGAACUUGAGUAAACUGGAGAAGACAGACAGCCAGGAGAUGAUGCUGCAGGAGGAGAUGAGUGUCCGAUCAAUCAACAGCACAACGCUGAAGGAGCUCAGGAUGCCGUGUAACACGCCUGAGCGGAGCAGCAUUAUGAACCCAUGUAAAGACAGACUUAAUGUUGCUGUUAUGGAUGAUGUUCAUGAUGAGGAGAUGGACAGAGACACCUUCCAUCUGUCUGGCUUCAAGGCCACCAUGCACUCAUUUGAGCCGUUCACCGAAAUGCUUAUAUCACGGAAAGCUCUUGGACAGGAGGUUCGAGAUGCCAUUUGUCACUUCCAUUCACAGAAACCUGACCGGCCUGACUGCCCACAGCGACGUCCUCCCAUCAUCACUGCUGAGAAGCGUUUCAUUGGCAGGUGCCACAACUGCUUCAGCCUCGUCCCAUUCCGGACAAUCGAGAAGGCAUAUUGGGCAAAAAAGAAGGCAGAGGAUCUGAAAUACAGGGCGGAACGAGUAGAGCAGUUGCAGGGUCUCCGUGACGAUGCCCGUGAUCACCGUGACAGCAUCAUGGAGUCUCGGAGGAAGGAGGCACUACUGCAGCAGGACCGAGACAAGGCCGAACUGGAGGAAAUGCUCAGCGUGCAGAGGGCCAAAAGCGAACAGGAAGUGCAGCUCGCUCGCCAGAAACACCUCCGCUUCUUGGAGGAGAAAAGGAGGAGAGUGUUGGAGCAGGGGAUGGUCAUCCAUUUCAGUGGGCAGCACAGCUCCCUGGCCAAAAGCAUCACAAGAAAUUGUAUCCAACAAAGGCUCAGCAACGCUCAGCAAGAGAGGAGAAGAGAGGUCGCUAUCAGCAAGCACCACACUAAAGCCCAGAAGAUGGUCAUGCAGCGAUACCUGGAGAACAGGAGACAGAAUAUCCAUGCAGAGGCUGUACUCUCCCGGGUGUCUACGCACACUUUCCUAUCUGAGAAACAGCACAGUGACCUCUUAGCAGCCCAGGCCAGAGUGGCUCAUAUCAAAUCCAGCCACUACAAGGUGGAGGUCUUGCGUCCACAGCCGCCCAGUCAGCCUGCAUGAUG